AUGGCAAUGCGCCUUUUCACAUCUCCAAGCGUCGUGACAGGACCCCGUGGACCGAGCGAGGGAAGGCGGGGGCCCUCGGCUCCCUCCUCACACUGUGGUCAGGUGGAGCCUUCAGCUUUGGGAUUCUGGCUGUUGCGCAGGCGGUCGGAUGUUCGGCUGCGGCUGUCGCUUGUCGCAGAUCGACUUGAGAAUGCAGUCCGGGCCUAUGGCAUUUCAGCGGCAGGUCUGCUGCGGAGAGUAGCAUGCACUCUCAUGUUCUUGUUUACGCUUAUUGUCUCGACAGAAGCGGAUGCGGUGCAGAUACGGUGGGUCCAUGUGCCACAGCAUUGCGAGGCGCUGUCGCACUGGUCCGACGGGCGCAGGUCGGAUGCAGGCGGGCUCUUCCGCAGCAAGGAGACUCUUCCGAGUGGUGUGGUUAACAUCUGA